UCCCCCGGCGGCGCGUAUCCACUGUCGGAAUGGGGUUAACCGAAGUUUUCGAGAAAUUUCAGUUGGGCUGGCUUCGCAUGUCUCACUGCUUUGCUCUACUCUGCCUCGUUGCCGUUGUCUACAAAUUAACCAUCUUGCUCGUCAAAAGAAAGGCUGCGCUGCGAAGCUUUGAAGCUUUUCCCGGGCCACCAGGACACUGGCUUUUUGGGCACGUUUUUGAGUUUAAACAAGAUGGGACAGACUUUGACAACAUACUGAAGUGGGGACAGCAGUACCCUUAUGCUUACCCGCUGUGGUUUGGCCCCUUUGUUUGUUUCCUCAACAUUCACCAUCCAGAUUAUGUAAAGACCGUAUUGGCAUCAACAGAACCAAAAGAUGAUUUGGCAUAUAAAUUCAUUGAGUCCUGGAUUGGGGAAGGUUUGUUGGUGUCAAAAGGUCAGAAGUGGUUUCGCCACAGACGGCUGUUGACACCAGGUUUCCAUUAUGAUGUCUUGAAGCCAUAUGUAAAAUUGAUGUCAGAUUCUGCUAAAACUAUGUUGGACAAAUGGGGAAGCUAUGCAAACAUCAACAAGUCCUUUGAAUUGUUUGAACACGUGAGCCUUAUGACUCUGGACAGCAUCUUAAAGUGUGCAUUCAGCUACAAUAGCAACUGUCAGACCGAGGGUGGAACAAAUGCAUACAUCAGAGCAGUGUAUGAGCUCAGCGAUCUGAUUAACCUGAGGUUCAGGGUGUUUCCAUACCACAAUGACCUCCUUUUCUACCUCAGCCCACAUGGCUUUAGACACAGGAAAGUGUGCAGGGUAGCUCGCAGUCAUACAGAGGAAGUUAUAAGAAAGAGGAAAGAAGCACUAAAGGAAGAGAAGGAGCUGAGCCGCAUACAGACCAAGAGAAACUUGGACUUUCUGGACAUCCUUCUCUUUGCAAAAGAUGAGAAGCAGCAGGGUCUGUCAGACGAAGAUUUACGUGCAGAAGUGGACACCUUCAUGUUCGAGGGCCAUGACACCACAGCCAGCGGCAUCUCUUUUAUCCUCUACUGUCUUGCCUGCCACCCACAGCACCAGAAAAUUUGCAGGGAGGAGAUUAUUGAGGCCUUGAACGGCAAGGACACCAUGGAGUGGGAGGAUCUUAAUAAAAUUCCAUACACUACAAUGUGCAUAAAAGAAUCCCUCCGUCUUUACCCUCCUGUACCAGGAAUGUCAAGAAAAAUCACCAAACCCAUGACCUUUUUUGAUGGAAGGACUCUGCCUGAAGGUUGUCACGUCGGAACAACCGUGUUUGGGAUUCACAGGAAUGCAGCUGUAUGGGAAAACCCUGAUGUCUUUGACCCACUGCGCUUCCUGCCAGAGAAUGUCUCCAGGAGGUCACCUCAUGCGUUUGUGCCCUUCUCAGCUGGGCCGAGAAACUGCAUUGGUCAGAACUUUGCCAUGAAUGAGAUGAAAGUGGUGACAGCCCUGACACUGAAGAGAUAUCAGCUGAUAGAGGACCCCACCUGGAAGCCCAAGAUAAUUCCGAGACUGGUGCUCCGCUCACUUAAUGGCAUCCACAUUAAGAUCAAAUCUGUAGACCCACAAAUGUAAAGGGGAAAAACUGUAAAACUGGAAAUUUCAUUUCACAAUGAGGGAAUAAUUUAUGGAGUUGAAGUAUCUGAAUUUCUAAUAUUUUACUAAGCCUUACACUAAUAUAGAAUCUAAGAGAUGAUGAACUGUGCAGUAUUUUGUUUAGUGACUGGAUAUAUAUUAGGGGAAUUACUUGCUAAAUGAGAAGUUGCAUUUGUUUAAUAUUCUAGAGCCUUUUUACAUUUUGCCUGCCUUCUUCCACGUUCAUGGUAACUAGUGUUAAAAUUCAACUUUGUCUAUAAAAAGUACAUAAACAGUAACAGAGUUUACUGCCAUUUUGUGAAGAUUCACACUUGACCUGAAAGCGAUUUUUUUUUUUUCUCCCCCCCCCCAGUGUCCCAUGCACUCAUUUAGACCAGGCCCAAAGUAGGCCUGAUAUAUGUUUACCUCCAGCAUAAAGUCUUGGGAAGGUAGGGUAUGUAACACAAUAGGUUUUACAUACACCAGAUAACCUUUGUUCUCAGUCUGUACUUUUUGCCAAUACUUACCC